AUGUCUACCCCUUCACCACCCACCUCUCCCCCUCCAGACACAACUACCACAACCAGCACGCCAACCCCUAGUCCACCCGAUACAUCCUCCAUCGCAUCUGUAUCAUCCGUCUCCACCCAAUCAGUAGAAUCGACCGCCUCGCUGGGCUCUCUCUCCUCUCUCUCCACAACCCCUUCAUCACCAACGGACACCGCUUCCCUCGCCUCCGAGUCCUCCGCUUCCCUCGCAUCAAUCGCCUCCCUCUCCUCCGUCUCCGUCCUCUCCGUCGAGUCACAAGCAUCCGCGCUCUCCCAAUCCCUCGCCUCCCUUCCACCAUCCCAAGCCCUAUCACUCCAAUCCCUCGCCUCCGAAUCCUCCAUCUCAGCCCUCUCCGUCUCUUCCACAGCAGCCGCAGCCACCGGAAACAUAUUAAUCCUAGCAAGCACAGAGAUCGUAACAGUGUACACCGAUUCCUCCGGCCAGCUACGCACGGUCCUCACUUCCUACCCAUACGCCACGGAGACCGCGGGCGGCGGCGGCGGGGGCUCGCACAACAACACCGGGCCCAUAGUGGGCGGCGUCGUGGGUGGCGUAGCAGGGCUGAUAAUCAUCGUCUUGAUCCUCUUCUUCCUCAUGCGUCGUUCGCGUGCAUCAGAGCCCUUGGAUCCGGAUACGAUGUUCGAUCCUGACCGAACGGUGAUGCACAAGCCGCAGAAGACCCCUGGGAUGGGACUGGACCCGGACGCAGACGCUCCGCCUACGGCGCAAGCAGGGCAGGGGGGGACGGUGAUUGAUCCGAGCUUGGCGGCUAGGCCGUGGAGGUAUGAUGGGCCGGGAGGGCGACCGAUGUCAGAGGUUAGUAGUGGGAGGGUUACCCCGUCUACCCCGGGCGUGGCGGGUGUGGGCGCGGGAGGAGGGUACGCGCCUUGGUUGCAGGGGCAGGCGUAUAAUGCUCCCCCUUCUGCUGCAGGGGGACUCACAGCAUCCGCCCUCUCUGGUCAGUCUCAGUCCCAAUCAAGAAGUCAAGGAGGCAGCGGAUCGUCAGACUCUGCAUCCCGCUACCCUGAGACGCAAGACCUGAGAAGCGAGAGCACGCGCACUGCUGAAGGGGAAGGAGUUUCCCCUAGCGCGGUGUACGGUGGGCUGGCACCGCAGGCCCAAGGAGGGAGGUUCGCGGUCGCGAACCCUGAUGUGCAGGGGUAUGCGUAUGGUGGGCUUGCUGCGGCUGCGGGACUGGGAGGAGCAGGAGCAGGAACAGGAACAGGAACAGGAGCAAGAUACUCCAAAGCGAGGGAAGCGGCACAAGAGCGGCAGAUGGCGCUCGCGGCUCGUCAAGGCCAAGGGCAACAAACUUACUACGCCUCUGCCUCCGGAGCAGGAGCAGGAGGGCUGUCCCCCUUCUCCCCGGGUAGGACAUCCAUAACCCCAACCUCCGCCCCCUCAGCGCACUCGCACUCCUCCUCUCCUCCACCAACAUCUCCAGUCUCAGCCCGCACACGCCCUUUGUCGGAAGAAGAUUUCCUCCACACUGGGAACCACCCAGGUCAGGGUACGGGCAUGGACGUGGACACGGACGUGGAGGAAGGACCGGUUAUGCAGCAUAGGGAUGCAGGCAGGUUUGUGGAGCAUGUACAGGGGGAAGAGGUGCCGCCGAGUUAUGAUAUGAUACCGGAGGAGGAUAGGAGGCGGUGAGGGGUGCUGGGUGCGGGGUCAGGGGGGGCCACCGCUGCUACGACACGACAACGACAGCAGCAGCAGCAGCGAGGCAACAACAACGCCGACAGCAACAGCAACAGCUGCGAAGUGAUCCGAACUCUAAUCUCUCCGUCACGUCUCCCAAUGGUCCACGUUCCUUACGCCUUUUUUCACAAAAGUCAAUGGACUCCCUCUCCCUUCUACCUCUUCCUCUUCCCCUUCCCCUCCCCGUCCUUUCCCCUUUCACAAUUCUUGUUUUCUUAUGUUUAUCUCAUGUUUCAUCUGCUUCAAAGUGUAUAGAUGCGUCGCUAGGGAAUGGAGGGUCGUACA